UUUUUCUCAGUUUCGACUUGAAACGCUAAAGGGGAAGAGGCCCAAGAGGGCGCCUCUGGUUGAAUACGAGGUUUUUAGUUAGUAUUUUACCCACACCCAAGGGAAUAUGACUUCUUCAAACUCUAUAGUAAUAGACUGGUCUUCAUCUUCAUCAACACACUCGUUUAUUCGCAUCGACGACCCUUCAUUUUCACAUGAUAAUUCUCUUUAUCCAAUUCCGGACGUUGACUCUCACACUUCUCUAAAUAAUAAUAAUGAUGGUUAUCCAAUAAAAGAUUUUUCUUCUAUAUCUUCCAUUUCUUCAACGACGACCCCACCUAAUGUCGAUAAUUCUUUUCUCAUUUCUUUCAAGAAAUUUCACGUGACCAGAAUACACAAAGCCGGUUAUAACAAGAUUUACGAAUUUAGACGUUCAAAAAGUUUCUUUUUUGAGAUUGUUGAUCACCAUUUGGACACCAAUCAACUUCAUUUACGGAUACACACAAAUGAUUAUCUCAUGUCAACUACCCCUAUUAAGUAUCAUUCCACAAGUGCACUACCGAACGCCAAAUAUCAAAUUAGCAAAGGCCUUCAGCAUUUUUUUUCCUCACAAAAAGUUAUUCCACGUCGUAUUCAAAAAAAAUAUUUUAAUAUGAUACGCCAAAAAUUAUUAGAUAGAAUCACAUUAAUCAAGUCACGUGAGAGUAAGAUCAUCAAUAAGAAUACAACUACAAAAACUUUUUUUAAUUUCUCGUACAAAAGAUAUAGAUUUCAUUUUGGCAUCUUUAUCCCUUGCGACCAUAAGAUUGAGGCAAAAGGCUUACCUAUUCCACCUCGACUUUGUGAGGUUCCUUGUCCUAUAGUAAUGUCUAAUAAUAGGCAUGGAUGUGGCUUACAUUUUUUUCACAAAUACCCAGCUGCAAUAGCUUUUGUACGAAAUGAACAUGGUGAUUUUACACCUAAAAAUCAAUGACAUGACAAACAGUUCCACGCUAAUUUGACAUUUGACCGAUGGAUAAAAAAAGAAUUGAAAUCGAUAUUCUCCUUAAGAACGGGCAUUUCUUAUAACUCAAGAUAUAUUGUCUGCAAUUCAAAUCGUAAACUCAGACCUGGACGUACUCACAUUUAUCACAAACUUAUGAAUAACUUCCAACUAUCUCCAAGUCCUAAUCCGAGGACAGCUAAAAAGCAGCAAAUUAGAUUCGAACGCUCUUGUCAUCGUAUCUUAUCACGAGAAGUUAUUAAACCAGGCGCUGUCUCCAGUACAUCAACGAAACUGGCCGCGGCUAAAAAAGGAUGAUUCCUUUUCUUACCAUCUCAAAAAUUCACGACUC